AUGAAGUCCGCGAUGAAGUCCAAGGCCAUGAAGACCGGUGCCAAAGCCAUGACCAAGGUCCAGCUUGCCGACCAGCUCGCCACCAAGUCCGAGCUCAAGAAGAAGGAUGUCCUGUCGGUCCUGCAGAACCUUUCCGAAAUCGGUGCCAGUGAGGUCACGACUACCGGCAAGUGCCUCGCCACGGUUUCGUCUGUGAUGCUGCAUGUUGCCAGGCUCGUUUGUUUUGCCUGGGCUGUGCAUGAUCAAGACUCGUCAGAAGCCCGCCACGAAGGGUGGCACUCGAAUGAUGUUUGGCAAGGAGGUGCAGGUCAAGGCGCAGAAGGCGAAGACGAUUGUGAAAGCAACGCCGCUGGCCGCGCUCAAGAACCAGAUCUAGGGGAGCGGCAAGAUUUUGAGAAUGACCUGUUGGGCCACAUGAGCGCGGUGAACAAGUUUAAGGACAACGGAAAUCUGAAGGAGGUGGAUAACUAUGCCAUAAAGAUCGACUGGCUGAAGGAAGAGCUACAAAAGUGUCAGAACACUGCAGAGCAGUAUCGCGCGAAGGAGGUUAUGCUAGGGUGGGAUCCGAGCGAGUUCGAGAAGCUCACCGAGGCCAUUGAGAAGUUGCAUCCCUACGACGACCUCUGGGAGCUGGCUAAACGCUUCACCAACGAGGAGAAGAAGUGGAUGAGAGGACCUCUCUUCCAGCUUGAACCGGAGGCGGUUGAUUCUCUGGCCGGCAGCUUGGCGAAGAGGGCCAUGAAGCUCCAGGGCUUCUUCGAGACGAACAGCCUGCCGAUCCCUGCGGGCGUGGCGAAAAAGCUCAAGAAGGACCUGGAUGCCUUCAAGCAGCAUUUGCCGCUCAUCCACGCCCUUUGCAAUCCAGGUCUCCGCCAGCGGCACUGGGACGAGAUUUCUGAGGUCGUUGGCUUCACCAUGGAGCGGGAUGCCGCUUUCACCCUCAGCAGAGUGGUGGACAUGGACGUGGGUACGCACAUGAAUGCACUGCAGGAGAUCUCCGACUCUGCAUCCAGAGAGUACGGACUGGAGAAGACUCUGGAGUCCAUCUACGAGCAGUGGCAGCCGGUGAACUUCGAGCUGAAGCCUUGGAAGGACACGGAGACGUACAUCGUUGCUGGGACGACUGUCGACGAAAUGCAGAGCCUCAUGGAUGAUCACAUCAUCAAGGUCCAGACCAUGAAAGGAUCGCCCUACGCCAAAGCCUUCAUGGACAAGAUCACUUCGUUAGAAUCCUGGCUGCUCCAGACGCAGGAGAUUAUGGACAUUUGGCAGAAGGUGCAAGGCGUCUGGCUCUACCUCGAGCCCAUUUUCUCCUCUGGUGAUAUUGUCAAGCAGAUGCCGACAGAGGCCGGGAUUUUCAAGCAGGUGGACAUGGAUUGGCGCACUACCAUGGCGGCAGCUUUAGAGGCCGGCAAGGCGAUGGAGGCGACAAAGGCACCCGGACUCCUGGAGCUGUUGCAGAGGUGCAACGCAAACUUGGACACCGUGCAGAAGGGCUUGAACGACUAUCUGGAAACGAAGCGAAAAGCCUUCCCUCGCUUCUUCUUCCUGUCGAAUGACAACCUGCUGGAGAUCUUGUCGGAGACGAAGGACCCCACGCGCGUGAAUCCGCACAUGAAGAAGGCUUUUGAGGGCAUCCAAAGCCUUGAGUUUCAGUCUGCAGAUCAGCGGAUCACCGCCAUGAUGUCCUCGGAGAAGGAGUCGGUGCCGUUGGUGGAUGCUGUGGAUCCACACGCGGCAAGUGGUAACGUGGAGAAGUGGCUCGUUCAGGUCGAGGCGGCCAUGAUCCAGACCAUUCGUCACGUCUGCCUUUCUUCGGAGAAGGACUACAUGGAACGGAAGUUUACCGACUGGCUGCGGCAGUGGCCUGGACAGGCCGUCAUCGCCAUCUUCUCCCUCUUUUGGACGCGAGAGGUGGAAGAGGGACUGCGCCAGCAUGGCAACGAUGGGAUACUUCAAGUGGCAGAGAAGCUGAAGGGAACGUUGGGAGACAUCAUUGACUUGGUUCGGAAUGACAUUCCGGCACUGACGCGGUGCACCCUCGAAGCCCUGAUUGUGAUCUUCGUCCACAACAAGGAUACUGUUGAGGAGCUCUGCAAGAUGGGAACCAGCAUGGUGGAUGACUUCGACUGGCUGGUCCAGCUGAGAUACUACAUCGAGGAGAAUCCGGAGAAGCCUGAGCAGCUGGACCUGUUUGUGCGGAUCACAAACAGCCAUCUCGGCUACGCCUACGAGUACUUGGGCAAUUCAUCUCGGCUCAUCGUCACACCGCUGACGGACAGAUGCUACCGCACAUGUUGCGGCGCUCUUCACCUGCUCUACGGUGCAGCCCCAGAGGGCCCUGCGGGCACUGGAAAGACCGAGACAGUCAAGGACCUGGCGAAGGCCUUGGCGAGGUUCUGCGUGGUGUUUAAUUGCUCCGAUGAGCUGGACUACCUCGCAAUGGCAAAGUUCUUCAAAGGCCUGGCCGCAUCAGGUGGUUGGGCAUGCUUUGACGAGUUCAAUCGCAUUGAUGCAGAGGUGCUCAGCGUCAUCGCGCAGCAGAUCCUUUGCAUUCAGAAUGCCAUCCGGGAGAAAAAGACUACGUUCAUCUUCGAGGGCACAGAACUGCCAAUCAUUUGGACGUGCAACUGCUUCAUCACCAUGAACCCCGGCUAUGCGGGCCGAGCCGAAUUGCCUGACAAUUUGAAGGCCCUCUUCCGGACCGUGGCAAUGAUGGUCCCCGACUAUGCCAUGAUCGCAGAAAUUAAGCUCUACUCCUACGGAUAUGAGGAUUCGAGAUCUUUGGCGCAGAAGAUCGUCACCACCUACAAGCUCUGCUCCGAACAGCUUUCAUCACAGAAGCACUAUGACUAUGGCAUGCGAGCGGUCUUCGCAGUGUUGGUCCAAGCUGGCCGGUUGAAGCGGAACAAUCCUGGCCAAACGAAUGAGAGCGUGCUCAUGCUGCAGUCUGUGAACGACGUGAACCUGGCCAAGUUCUUAGACUUCGAUGUGCCGCUAUACAAUGGUAUCACCCGCGACUUGUUCCCGGGCGUGGAUCUCCCGAAGCCUGACUACUCCAUGAUGGUCGGCAAGCUCACGCUGAAUCUGGACAGCACACACUGCCAGGCCCAUCCCUACUUCAUCGACAAGAUCAUCCAAUUCUACGAGUGCCACCUGGUCCGGCACAGCGUGAUGCUGGUCGGCAUGCCGUUCAGUGGCAAGACCACGGCUCUGAAGACCCUUCAGAAGGCUCUUACCGACUUGGCACAGGAGGGCCUCAUGCAUGCUGGAUGCGUCGUUCACCAGGCUCGUCUGAACCCGAAGUCCAUUCCAGCGCGGGAUCUCUACGGCUGCUUCGAGGAGGUUUCUCGCGAGUGGGUGGACGGCAUUGUGGCAGUCCUUUUCCGUGAGUUCGCCCGAAAUCAAACGGAGGAGAGAAAGUGGCUGGUGUUCGAUGGCCCAGUCGAUGCUGUCUGGAUCGAAAACAUGAAUACUGUUAUGGACGAGAACAAAAAGCUGUGCCUCAACAGCGGCGAGAUCAUUGCUAUGUCCCCGAACAUGCGCACCAUCAUCGAGCCCAUGGAUGUGGAAGUCGCUUCUCCGGCCACAAUCUCGCGCAACGGCAUGGUCUUCUUCGAGCCUCACCUCAUGGGGUAUCAGCACCUCAUCGACAAGACGCUGAAGGGCUCUUUGCCGCAGGAAAUGGAAGAGGGAGAGCGCACAGCGCUGUCGAGCAUGAUUGAUUUCCUUGUGCCGGCGUUGGUGUCUCACGUGCAGAAGCAAUGCAGAACUGUAUCGCCCGUCCAAGAACAGAACCUGGUGCAAAGCUUCCUAGUGCUCCUGACGACGCACUUGGAAAGCGGCUACAAGGAUCCAAGCAUGAGCCGCGAUGCUGUGGACGGUAAAGCCAUCGUGGCCAUGGUUGAUUGUUACGCGAUCUGGUGCGCCAUCUGGUCCUUCGGGGCAGUUUGCGAGACCACCAGCCGCUCCUCUUUCAGCCAGUUCCUCCGCAAGUUGCUGACAGGGCAGGUCGAAAACAACAAGCCGCACAAGAAGCUGCAGCCAAACCUCCCUGAUCGUGGCUCGGUCUUCGACUACAUCGUGGACCUAAAGCAGCCAGGCUGGACCACCUGGAUGGACACGGUGGAGGCCCAGACCAUCCCCAAUUCGGCCCAGGUGCAAAACAUCAUCGUGCAGACGGUGGACAACGUGCGCUACCGCUACAUCCUUGAGCACUGUAUCAAGCAUCGCAUCAAGCUACUUUUCUGCGGUCCCACUGGAACGGGCAAGACCGUCUACAUGCAGCAGGCACUCAUGGCGAUGCCCAAAGAGACGCACAUGUCAAUCCAGAUCGGAUUCUCCGCUCAGACGAAGUGCUCGCAGACGCAGGAUUUGGUUGACGCCAAGCUGGAGCGGCGACGGAAAGGAGUCUACGGUCCGCCCAUGGGCCGGAUGUGCGUCGUCAUGGUGGACGAUCUCAACAUGCCAGUGAAGGAGAAGUAUGGGGCCAUGCCCCCCAUCGAGAUUCUGAGGCAGAGCAUGGAUGCCACAGCCUACGGUCCCACUGGCGGAUGGUACGAUCGAAAGGAUGCCACACACCCUUUCCGGAGCAUUAUCGAUGUCUUGUACUUCGCCGCCAUGGGACCCCCAGGUGGUGGCCGCAAUUUCAUCACACCUCGGAUCAUCGCGCACAUGUACCUUGUUGGCUUUCCACUGCUGGACGAUGACAACAUGAUGCAGAUCUUCAACACCGUUCUGGAGUGGAAGUUCCGGACGGACAACUACCCCGCUGAUGUGGCCGGGCUCAGCAAGAAGAUGGUCCAAGCCACCCUGGAGAUCUACAAGAACACGUCCAACGAGCUCCGCCCAACUCCGAUGAAGGUGCACUACACCUUCAACUUGCGCGACUUCUCAAAGGUCAUUUCUGGCGUCCUUCUCCUGAAGAAGAACGAGUGCGAAGGCCCCGAUCGCCAUGUUCGGCUUUGGGCUCACGAGAUUCUGCGCGUGUUUGGUGACCGACUGAUCGACGACAACGACCGGGAGUGGAUGUUGCUGCAGCUUCGAGAACAGACGAAGAAGAACUUCCAGGUCUCGUUUGAUGAGAUUAUGAGCCACCUCGAUGGAAAUUCGGAUGGGAAGGUGAAUACUUUGGAUGAGAUCCGGACGCUUUUCUUCGGUGAUAUGCUCUCGCCUGCCGCGGCCCCCAUGCGUCCGUACGCAGAGUGUCCUGAUGUGCUGGUGCUUCAGAAGGAGAUUGAAGCUCACCUCGUCAGCUACAACGAGAUGUCCUCCAAGCCCAUGGACCUCGUGUGCUUCCUAUACAUGUUGGAGCACCUGGCUCGGGUCGCUCGCGUCAUCAAAAGCCCGGGUGGCAAUGCCUUGCUCGUGGGCGUCGGAGGCAGUGGACGACAAAGCUGCACGCGCUUGGCAUGCUACAUGUCCGACUUCACAGUCUUCCAAAUCGAGAUUACGAAAGGCUACGACAUGAAUGCCUUCCGUGAAGAUAUGAAGAAGAUGCUGACCAAAGCUGGGGGUAGCGAGGAGCACACGGUCUUCCUCUUCAGCGACACUCAGAUCAAGGACGAAGGCUUCGUUGAGGACGUAAACAACCUGCUCAACACGGGGGAGAUUCCGAAUCUUUUCCCUGCGGAGGAACGUGUGGCCAUCUGCGAGAUGGUUCGCAAAGCUGCUUCAGACGAAGGAAAGGCACCGGAUGGAACCUUGCCCCAACUCUUCGCCUUCUUUAUCGAGCGAUGCCGGGCCAUGGUUGGCUGUGUGGUCUGCUUCUCACCAAUUGGUGACAACUGGCGGACACGAUUGCGACAGUUCCCCUCCCUGGUGAACUGCUGCACCAUCGACUGGUACACGGCAUGGCCCUCCGAUGCCCUCAUGGCUGUUGCAACGCGCUUCCUGCAGGCCAUCCCGGACCUGGACGAGCAGGUGCGCUCAAACUGUGUGGAGAUGUGCCAGUUUUUCCAUGCAGAGACGACGAAGUUGGCUCGCCGUUUCGAGGAUGAGCUAAAGCGCAUCUACUACUCCACACCAACCUCCUUCCUCGAGCUUAUCCAGACCUUCAAGGCCCUCCUGGCUGAGAAACGGUCAUCCAUAAGCAGUCUGAAGUCCAAGUACGAGGUGGGUCUCGAAAAGCUCACAACGACCGAACAGUCCGUGGAGGGCAUGAAGCAGGAGCUCAUUGCCCUGCAGCCAAAGCUAGUGGAGAAGAACAAGGAGGUUGGCGAGAUGAUGAUUGUCGUCAACGAGGAGUCAGCGAAAACGGAGAAGGUGAAGGAGGUGGUCGCAGGUGAUGAGGCCGUUGCUAGCGAAGCAGCCGGGCAGGCAAAUGCCAUCAAGAAGGAGUGUGAGGAGGCACUUGCUGAAGCUAUGCCUGCCCUGAAUGAAGCUCUCAAGGCCUUGGACACAUUGUCUGGAAAGGAGAUCGCCGAAGUGAAGGCCAUGAAGAACCCUGCUGCACCGGUUCGGCUGGUCCUUUCUGCCGUCUGCGUGCUUCGCAAUGUGAAGCCUGUGCGGGUAAAAGACGAUGCUGGAAAGAUGGUGGAUGAUUUCUGGCCGGCUGCAGUCAAGAUGAUCUCAGACAUGGGCUUCCUCCAGUCGCUGCAGACUUUUGACAAGGACAACAUCCCACCGGCUACGAUCAAGAAAAUUUCAGAAUACACCGUCAAGGAGGACUUCCAGCCUGAUCGCGUUCAGAAGGUUUCCACUGCAGCGUGGGGUCUUUGCAUGUGGUGUCGGGCCAUGGAGACCUACGAUCGUGUGGCAAAGGUCGUCGCGCCCAAGAAGGAGAGCCUCGCCGAGGCCGAGUCCUCUUACAACGCGAUGAUGGAGAAGUUGAAUGCCAAGCGUGCAGACCUGAAGAAGGUCGUAGAUGAACUGGAUGCCUUGAACCAGAAGCUGAACUCACUCAGGACCGAGCAAGACAACCUGACUGCUGAAGUGGACAAUUGCCAGAAGAAGCUGGAACGAGCAGAGACCCUGAUCACGUCCUUGGGCGGCGAAAAGACACGGUGGACGCAGAACGCCAUCGACCUGGCAGCUGACUAUGUGAACCUCACGGGAGAUGUCAUCGUGGCAUCCGGUCUCAUUGCUUAUCUUGGAGCCUUCACACCUGACUUCCGCGAGGGAGCUGUCUCGUCCUGGGCGGCGGAAUCUCGGGAACGCCAGAUCCCAGGCUCCGAGAAGUUCAGCCUCGAGCGUUGUCUGGGCGAGCCGGUCAAGGUGCGUGCUUGGGUCGUAGCAGGGCUACCGAACGACUCCUUCAGCAUCGAGAACGGCAUCAUCAUGGACAAGGCGCGACGGUGGCCCCUGUGCAUUGAUCCCCAGGGGCAGGCCAACCGAUGGAUCAAGAAGAUGGGUCAGCCACUCCAGAUCGUCGUGGCCAAGUUCACCGAUGGGGAUUACCUUAAGCGCCUCGAAGGCUGCAUCCAAUUCGGGAACCCGAUGCUCAUCGAAAAUAUGCUCGAGGACACGGAUCCGGCGGUAGAGCCGGUGCUUCUGCGGCAGACCUUCAAGAAGGGAAAUGCGGUGAUGAUCAAGCUGGGUGAGACGACGAUGGAGUGGCAGAAGGACUUCAAGUUCUAUCUCACAACGAAGCUGAGAAACCCGCACUACCUUCCGGAGGUGGCUGUCAAGGUUACGCUGCUGAAUUUCAUGAUCACGCAGGUGGGCCUGCAAGACCAGCUGCUGAACAUCGUCGUGGAGAAGGAGCGCCCAGACCUGGCAGAAGAAAAGGCGCGGCUGGUUGUGGAAGGUGCAGAAAACAAAGAGCAGCUCGAGAUCACGGAGAACAAGAUCCUGGAUGUGCUCAGUUCCUCCCAAGGAAACAUCCUCGAGGAUGAAGCUGCCGUUCAGGUCCUGUCUGCCUCGAAGCAGCUGUCAAAUGAGAUUGCAGAGAAGCAGCAGACCGCUGAGACGACCGAAAAGCAGAUUGACGAAGCUCGUCUCCAGUAUGUUCCUGUGGCGUUUCAGACCGCCAUCCUCUUCUUCUGCAUCGCAGAUCUUGCCAACAUUGAUCCCAUGUACCAGUACUCACUCCCCUUCUUCAUCGGCCUCUUCAAAGCUGCCAUCUCCAAGUCGGAGAAAACGGACGACAUUGUCAAGCGCAUCGCGAUUCUGAACGACUUCUUCAUGGAGAUGCUCUACAAGAACAUCUGCCGAUCGCUUUUCGAGAAGCACAAGCUCUUGUUCUCGUUUCUCUUGACCAUGCGCCUGCGCAUCACCACUGGCAAGGUGUCCCCGUCAGACUACCGCUUCCUGCUAACAGGAGGCACUGCAAUGGAGGAGCCUCCGGCAAAGCCUGCUGACUGGAUUCCAGACAGGUGCUGGCUGGAGAUUUUCAAGCUCAGCAAGGUCGAGGAGCUUUAUGCCCAAAUCCCGGCCAGCUUCAACGAGCAGAUGGUGCGAUGGAAAGAGGCCUAUGAUUCCUCGGACCCUAUGGGGUGUCUGACAGGGCCAACGGCACCCCACUGCAUCGAAGACCUUUCCGGCUUCCAGAAGCUCCUAGUGCUGAGGUGUGUCCGACCCGACCGCGUCUUGCCGGCGGUGUUGGGCUACGUGGCAGAUGAGAUUGGUGAAAAGUUCGUCACACCACCACCUUUCGACAUUGCUGGCAGCUAUGCCGACUCUUCCACCAUCUCCCCCCUCAUCUUUGUACUGUCGCCCGGGUCGGACCCGUCCUCUGCCCUGUACAUGUUCGCCACAGAGAAGGGCAGGGAGAUCAACAGCCUGUCGCUAGGUCAGGGUCAGGGCCCCAAAGCCGAGAGGCUGCUAGCGGACGCCACGCAGAACGGAAGUUGGGUGCUGCUGCAGAACUGUCACCUCUUUGCUUCCUGGAUGCCGAAGUUGGACAAGAUUCUGGAGCAGAUGGAUCCCAAGCAGACAAACUCGGACUUCCGGCUUUGGCUCACGUCAUAUCCCUCCGACAAGUUCCCGGUCUCGAUCCUGCAGAACAGCGUCAAGAUCACCAACGAGGCUCCGCAGGGUCUACGCAUGAACCUCGAAGGAUCCUACUUAAUGGACCCCAUCAGCAACGAGGAGUUCUUUGAGGCAUGUAAAAACCCGGAGGCAUUCAAGCGGCUUCUCUACGCACUUUGCUUCUUCCACGCCGUCAUCCAGGAGCGCCGGCUCUUCGGUCCACUGGGCUGGAACAUCCCAUACGAGUUCACCCAGAACGAUCUGCGGAUUUCCGCGAGACAGCUGCAGAUGUUUAUCGACGAGUCUCCUGAACAAAUACAGUACAAGGCCAUCAACUAUUUGGCUGGCGAGUGUAACUACGGCGGCCGUGUGACGGAAGCCCAGGACCGGCGUCUUCUGAUGAUUCUCCUGCUUGAUUACUACAACGCAGAUGUGCUCACGCCAGGCCACUCACUUUGUGCCGAGCAUCCCGAGUUUACUGUGCCCCCUCCUGGCACCUUGGAGGAAACACUCGAGAACAUCCGACACACACCGUUGACGACCCCGCCAGGGAUCUACGGCUUCCACACAAAUGCCAAUCUCACGCGCGAGCAGAACGAAACGUAUGCUAUGAUGGAGAGCCUGCUGCUGACAGUGGGCCAGGCCUCUGGGAGUGGCGGGUCCUCGGCCGAAGAGACCGUGGGCGAGGCUGCCAAUGAUAUUUUGCGGCGGCUUCCCGGGCAGUUCGACCUCGAAGAAGUGCAGAAGAGGUAUCCCACCAUGUACGAGGAGUCCAUGAACACCGUUCUCAUUCAGGAGCUCACACGCUUCAACGGGCUUACAAAGGUCAUCACCGCGACCCUGAAGGACAUCCAGAAAGCCAUUCAGGGCCUGCUGCUGAUGAGCCCAGACUUGGAGCAAGUCUUCCUGUCCAUUUUCAACGGCAAGACGCCAGCGAUGUGGCUUGCAAACAGCUACCCGUCGCUGAAGCCGCUUGGUGGGUACACCAAUGACCUGAUAGAACGAUUGAAAUUCUUCCAGGCCUGGAUUGACAAUGGCAUUCCCGUGACUUUCUGGCUCAGUGGCAUCUACUUCACCCAGGCCUUCACGACCGGCGCCGCCCAGAAUUUCGCACGAAGGUACACCAUUCCAAUAGACACCCUGGUAUUCGACUACGAGAUGCCGCAGGACCAGCAUCCAGUUGCAAAGCCGGACAAUGGGGUCUACUGUUAUGGCCUCUUCCUCGAGGGAUGCAAAUGGGACUGGAGCGAGUGGCAGCUGGCAGAGAGCGACCUGAAGGUUCUCUAUGUAUCAGUGCCCUUGCUUUGGAUCGUGCCUUGCAAGAAGGCUGAGCUCCGAACCUUUCCAUGGUACGACUGCCCUCUCUACAAGGUGUCUACGCGGAAAGGGGUUCUGUCAACCACCGGCCACAGCACGAACUUCGUCAUGCCAAUCAAGUUGCGCUCCUCGCACCCGGAGUCCCACUGGGUGAAGCGAGGAGUGGCAAUGCUGACACAGCUGGAUGCGUGA